AUGGACAGGCUUCAUCUGCUGCUAUUGGUUUGCGUAAAUGCAUUCUGUCCACGCUGCCAGCCACUGGAACAAGGUACAGUUUUCUAUCGAUCACUGUUAUCUGUAAGUCACCUUCAUCCUGUUUCCUAAUAUCCAUUUUUGAAUUCAGACUGUAAUGUCAACGUACCAAAGCCUAAUUUUUUAAGAUGGUAUGAAAUAGAAAGUAAAAUAACAAUGUGAUUGGUCUGCUGUGUUUGUGUCACCUGUUCGAUAGCAUCGCUGCGGUUCGUCGGGCUGGGGGACUGGGGAGGCCUCCCAUUCUUCCCCUACUACACCCCUCAUGAGCAGGCUAUCGCCAAAGAGCUCUCCUGGGCGGCCCAGACUCAGGGACUGGACUUUGUAUUCAGUCUGGGGGACCAUUUCUACUACAGCGGAGUGGAGGACGUGGAUGACCACCGCUUCAAGGUCACUUCACACUACAGUCGCUCUGCCACACUGUUCACACUGCAACGCAUAGGCUGCGUUUACACAGGCAGCCCAAUUCUGAUCUUUGCGUGAUUAUUGGCAAAAGAUCUGAUCUGAUUGUUCUAAAGACCAAUUAUUGGCAAAAGAUCUGAUCUGAUUGUUCUAAAGACCAAUUGUUGGCAAAAUGAUCUGAUCUGAUUGUUCUAAAGACCAAUUAUUGGCAAAAGAUCAGUAUUGUGCUACCUGUGUAAACGCAGCCACAGGCUUGGGUUGAAACACCACACAACAGCAAACCAUUAUUGUGAUGACAAACUCAGCAACUGUUCUGACAACAGUUAGUAAACAUCAUAUCUUACCAUAGGCAGUUAGAUUCUAACUUAACAUCUCAACAUAUCUAACCUACAUCUCGUGUGUGGCAUUGUGAAUAAUGUGAAUCUAGAACACGCAUACAACAGUCAUACUGAAGGACUUUGAAAAUGGCAAGAGAGCAAAACUAAAUAUCUAAUGCUCCAUUCUGUGUAACAGAUUGUUUGUGAAAUAUGCGUUGACAUGAGAAGUGCCGAGUCAUGGAGUCACAGUUGUUCCCUGUUUCUAGCCAGCCAGCUUUGUGACAGAGAGAAUGUGGUUAGUCGAGUAUAUACAGGGACGUAACACAGACUGACAGACGGAGCUGUGUUCAGAUCACAUUGUUCUCGUAUUAGUGAAGAGGGCACUUUUCUCUUCUCAGUCCUAGAGCCACAUGAUUCUCUUUUUCUGAAAUAAAGCGAAGCGUUACGCCCUCUUGUGGUGGCAUAUUGUAGAUCAACUAUUUCUUCAGAGCGUUGUGAUUAUACUAGUGUUGCAGCACACAGAAUGUUAUACAGUAUAACAUAAAUAGUGAUAUGUUAUAUAUCAAAUCUCUCUAGUUUUUCACCCUUCAGUAAUUUUCCUGGGUUGGUAAUUACCUUUUUUGUUUUCCUCCUGCAGAAUACCUUUGAGGAUGUCUUCUCUCAAUCCUCGCUGGUUGACGUCCCAUGGUACCUGGUGGCAGGAAACCAUGACCACGUUAAAAACGUGUCCGCUCAGAUCGCUUACUCCAACAGAUCGAAGAGAUGGUGAGCAUCUUAGUAAAGAUCUUUAACUGUGUAUUUUAAUUGUUUGUUUUUUUACGCCACACAUCCUGAAUACAACAUUCAUACGCCAAUUAGCAGAUGCUUUCAUCCAAAUCGUGCAUACAUUUUGAAUAUAUGAUCCCAUGCGGGAAUUGAACCCACAACCUUUUUUGUUUGCUAGCGCCACACUCUUAGCAACUGAGCCACACGAACAGGGCCAUGACUUCUCUGUUGUUCUCUCGUCCUCGUUACCUCAGGAGGUUCCCGGAGCUUUACUUUGAGCUUCAGUUCAAGGUUCCCCAGAGUAACGUGUCGGUGACCGUCCUGAUGGUUGACACCGUGGUGCUGUGUGGGAACACUUAUGAGGGGACCCAGCCCAAAGGAGAGGAGGACCCGGAGGCUGCUGCCAAGCAGUUAGACUGGAUCAACUCCAGACUGGCAAACAGCAAGUAAGUCCACAUGGUACAGUUUUACUGGACCCAGAUUAAGCAUAGUCCUGGUCUAGAAAGUUUAAUGGAGAUUUGACCCUGUUUUUUUUUGUCCAGGACUAUGCUUAAUAUGGGUUUGAGAAACUGGCCCUAAAAUACAACAGGUCAAACACAGCCUCUCAUUAAAGUACAUCAGUGAAACCUUUGUAGUGAAACAGCAACUUGUUCUGUGAGUAAAUAAAGGAUGGAUUCAAGGUUGUUCAAGGUUGAGGAAAAUAAAAGUAUUUGAUCUGACAAGUUGUCGUUUGAGCCUCGGGAGAAUAAUGUGAAGAUUUCCGAGCAUGAAGAGAUCCCUGACUGGCCACGCCCCUCUUUUAGAGAUCCCUGAUUGACCACGCCCCUCUUUUAGAGAUUCCUGACUGACCACACCACUCUUUUAGAGAUCCGUGACUGACCACACCCCUCUUUUAGAGAUACCUGACUGACCACGCCCCUCUUUUAGAGAUACCUGACUGACCACGCCCCUCUUUUAGAGAUACCUGACUGACCACACCCCUCUUUUAGAGAUACCUGACUGACCACGCCCCUCUUUUAGAGAUACCUGACUGACCACGCCCCUCUUUUAGAGAUACCUGACUGACCACGCCCCUCUUUUAGAGAUCCCUGACUGACCACGCCCCUCUUUUAGAGAUACCUGACUGACCACGCCCCUCUUUUAGAGAUACCUGACUGACCACGCCCCUCUUUUAGAGAUACCUGAAUGCCACGGCCCCUGUUUUAGAGAUUCCCUGCUGACCACGCCCCUCUUUUAGAGAUCCCUGACUGACCACGCCCCUCUUUUAGAGAUCCCUGACUGACCACGCCCCUCUUUUAGAGAUACCUGACUGACCACACCCCUCUUUUAGAGAUACCUGACUGACCACACCCCUCUUUUAGAGAUCCCUGACUGACCACACCCCUCUUUAGAGAUCCCUGGACUGACCACACCCCUCUUUUAGAGAUCCCUGACUGACCACACCCCUCUUUUAGAGAUCCCUGUCUGACCACACCCCUCUUUUAGAGAUCCCUGACUGACCACACCCCUCUUUUAGAGAUCCCUGACUGACUAGACCCCUCUUUUAGACUCCUCCACUCUCAUCACUCUUUUAAUCAAGAAAUACCUUCACACUGCUACACACACAUUCCUCAACUGUUACUGAAUGAGGAAUAGAUACUCCUGUAACCAUGAUGAACCACACGCGCAUGAUGAGUAACCUUGCCUGAGACUUGGAAGACUUGCGCUAGCUCCCUGAAGACAACGCCGUCGGCUUUAGAGCUCAGGUGGCUAACACAGUCUUGUCUGUCCUUCUCUCCCAGGUCAGAGUUCAUUGUAGUGGCUGGUCACUAUCCUGUGUGGUCCAUUGGUCAUCAUGGUCCUACAAAGUGUCUUGUGGACAGACUACGUCCCCUGCUGAAGAAGUAUGAUGUCACAGUCUACCUGAGUGGACAUGACCACAGCAUACAGGUGGGUUAUCAUGCAUGUUAUGACCAUACAUUUACAUUCUAUAACAUGGGUUCAAAGUUACAGUUUGAAUAGACAAAAUGUUACCAUUUCACAUUCACUUAUUGAACAACUGCUGUUGACCCUUACUCUCUCGCCAGUUUAUCAGAGAGGAUGAUGGGAGUUCCUAUGUGGUCAGCGGUAGCGGGAACUUUGCAGACGUGUCCACCAACAACAUCAACAGCUUCCCGUCGUCGUGGCAAUGGUUCUCCAACGCCGUCAACCGUACGUCCGGAGGAUUCGCUUACUUUGUGGUCACCGGGAACAAUAUGACUGUCAGCUACAUUCAGACUGACGGGAGAUGUGUUUAUCAAACAGCGCUGGCAAAACGCAAAGUCUGA